AUGGCUUCCCAUAAAGCCAAGAACCCCCUCGGGUUUACACCGUGGCCGGUGACAAUCAUCACGACAGCCGUGUACCUUGCCUUGAUCAUCCCUUUGCUGGUGAUACAUCACAACGUCCCAUCCGCGCCUCAGACGACCCCGAACGGCCUCAACCUCACAGAAGCUUGGCAAGACCUUCAAAGCCUCACUAAAGGAUUCCAUCCCUAUAAUUCGCACCAGAACGAUGAGGUCCGCUCAUGGCUGCUCGAGCGUAUCGACGCGAUCCAACAAUCCACCCCGUCCGCCGAUGCCUUCCAUGACGCACAAGAGGAAAAGCCAGACGUUUUCGUUUUCGACGACUUGGUUUCGAAUCUGACAUUCGUCGAUAAAACCGUCGGUGUUUAUUUCGAAGGGACCAACAUCCUGGUUUACAUCCGCGGUUCGGACGAUAAGAAAGCCCACUGGUGGGACACUCCCGGCCGGUUCCCCGUCGGCAAAGGCGGUGUUCUGGUCAACGCACACUAUGACAGCGUCUCGACCGGCUACGGCGCUACCGACGACGGAGUUGGUGUGGUGACUUGUCUGCAGCUGGUCAAAUACUUCCUGACGCCUGGCCACGCACCCCGACGCGGGCUGGUUGUUCUCUUCAACAAUGGCGAAGAAGAUUAUUUGAAUGGCGCGCGCGCAUACAGUCAGCACCCGAUGGCGAAAUUUGCCCACACUUUCUUGAACCUGGAGGGCGCCGGUGCCGGUGGGCGCGCUACCUUGUUCCGCAGCACUGACACGGAGGUUACCCAGGCAUACGCGAAGUCGCCGUACCCGUUCGGCUCCGUGCUGAGCUCGAAUGGGUUUGACAAGGGUUUGGUCAGCAGUCAGACGGACUAUGUUGUUCUCGAUGGUAUUUUGGGCUUGCGUGGAUUGGAUGUUGCUUUCUUCGAACCCAGAGCUCGCUACCAUACCGAUCAGGAUGAUGCCCGGCAUACGAGCUUGGAUUCGCUUUGGCAUAUGCUCUCCGCUGCUGUCGCGACUACAGAGGAGCUUGUUUCUGAUAACACCGAUCGAUUCGAUGGGCAUCUUCGAGAUGAUAGAACCGUACCUAGUGGCUCGGGGACUCGGGCUGUGUGGUUCGAUCUUUUUGGAAGUGCUUUUGCCGUUUUCCGUCUGCAUACGCUCUUUGCCUUGUCGGUCACUCUGCUGAUAGUGGCGCCCUUGACCUUACUCGUCACCAGUGUGAUACUGUCCAAGGCUGACAAGAUGUAUCUGUUCCGCUCCUCGGUAUAUUCUGAGAUUGGCGAGGAGUACAUCUCACUGCGUGGUCUGCGAGGAUUCUUCCGCUUUCCAUUUUUGAUUGCGAUCCCCACGUCGGUAACAAUCGGAUUGGCCUACCUGGUCACGAAGGUUAACCCCUUGAUCGCGCAUAGCAGCUCAUAUGCUGUCUGGAGCAUGAUGAUCUCCGCAUGGUUCUUCCUGGCUUGGUUUGUAUCCCGCGUCGCUGAUUUUGCGCGUCCAUCGGCUUUCCACCGAGUGUAUACCUGGACCUGGUUGUUUGUUCUGACUUGGUCUUUCAUGGUUAUUGCCACAGUCUACGAGAACGAGGAGGGUCUGGCUGGUGGGUAUUUUAUGUUGUUCUACUUUGCCGGCACUUUCCUGGCCACUUGGAUCUCAUACCUAGAGCUCUUCUCUUUACCCUCAAAAACUAGCUACGCUAGCCAGUUCGGCGACUCAAGGCGACCUAGUACUCAAGCCAGCCGCCUAGCCGCGUCUGGUGACGAGCAUCACGAAGAUGACGCAGAAGAGGACCCAACCGAGUCCACCUCGCUGUUGCAUGGUCCAAACCGGCCCACUUUUGCAAAUUAUGUUCGUGUCGGUGGAGAUCACCUGUCCCAUGGACCAGACGGGGAAGAAGAAGAAGAGGAGAAAGACCCCAACGUGUAUGAACAUGAACAGUCAUGGAGUGGGGCAAUUCCACGGUGGACGUGGAUAUUACAGCUACUAUUAACAGCCCCUGUUAUCCUGAUGUUGAUUGUGCCUCUUGGCCUCAUAAUUACCGGCGCUCUCAACCAGACAGGCCAGGAUGGCAGCCCCCAGCUCAUUGUCUAUCUCAUGACUGCCGGCCUCACCACACUGCUGUUUGCGCCCACGUUGCCCUUCAUCCACCGCUACACAUACCACCUACCUGUUUUCUUGCUCCUAGUCUGCAUCGGCACCAUGAUUUACAACCUCACCGCUUUCCCAUUCGCAGACUCUAACCGCCUCAAGCUGUUCUUUUUGCAGGAGGUAGAUCUUGACAAUGGGAUUUCCACUGCUUCAUUGACUGGCAUGCCUCCAUUUGUACAGGAUGUUGUAUAUGGCCUCCCCACGGCAGCAGGACAAGAGGAGACUUGCAGCUGGGUCAGAAAAAGCAAGAACGAGAUCCAGCGCUGCUCCUGGAAUGCACCACUGCCUCGUGUUACUCCUAACGCCGACACACUAUCUCUUGACAGCAACAAUACCGAGGCUUUGGUCCAAGCCACCGAACUUUCGUCUGAUUGGAUAACGUUCGGUAUCACUAACCCGGAGCCAGGAACCCCUUCGGCCCGGUUCGAACUAUCAGGUCAAAACACCAAGGCCUGUCGCAUCGACGUUGACAACCACAGCAUCAACAACUUUAGCGUUUCCGGAUCCUCUGCUCCAGAUGACCGCUUCAUUGACCCAUCUCCAGAAGGCUUGAAACAAAUCCGACUCUGGAGUCGCACUUGGGAUAACAGCUGGACUGUGGAUAUUGACUUCGCCAAGCAUGAUUCGUCCGACGCGGAUGAGGCCGGGACUACCAGCGACUCUAUCACAGGGCGUAUCACUUGCCUGUGGAGCGACAACAACCAAAUUGGUCUCAUACCGGCUCUUGACGAGGUGAAACAAUUCAGCCCAGCGUGGGUAGCUGUGACAAAGUUCUCGGAUGGCUUGAUCGAGGGAUCGAGGAAGUUCGAGAUCAAUCGGUCUGACUUUGGGCUCUGA